AUGUCGCUUCCCCAACCGAACUCCACCCUCACCGGUGCUUGCUCGGUAAUCUAUGACAAUGUUUUAUACGCAUAUUCAGCCGACGCUUUCCAAUCUCUGGAAUUAGAAGAAGGAGCGGAAUGGAAGACGCUGGACAGUGGAGAGUCGGUACAAGGCGGCGUAUGCGUCGGAUCCACGCCAUCCGACUCUUCGCAGGCAGGAUUAUAUAUUGUCGGCGGCACAUCCUCUGACUCGGCGUAUAUGGGCCUGCAAAAGUUCACUUAUUCGACUGGGAAAUGGGAGUCAAUCACGUUCACGCCACAAAUAUCGGAUCUUCAAAACAGGAAAUGGCACAGCGCAACGUACCUGAAUGCUUCCGAUAAGAUUCUGGUAUAUGCGGGUGCCACCGACGACAUCAAAUAUAUCUCGACGCAGACUUUUACCAUCAGCGCAUCGUCGCCAUACCAGGUCCUUUCGUACGAAUCUGACGGAGCUCCCCCGGCGAUUGCCCCUAUCCUGCUUCCAUGGUCGGACACGGAUGCCGUCAUGAUCGCUGGGGAAUCCACCAAUACCAAGGUCAUGCUCUUCAACCCUGAUCAGCAUUGGUACGACUCUGGAGCAUCUUUGGCCAGCCCAAUCGUGCAGGAUACUAGUGUGGUCAAAGGAAUGCUGGUGACUGGCGACGAUGGAAGCAAACAUCUCUACACUUUCGAUGCUACCACCUCCCCCAACACAGUGAACCGGACAGUUCUGUGGGAUGGUAGCGGAGCAGCUGUCGCCAGUUCGGUUCCCAUCCAAGGGAGCGCAAGUACUUCAUCACGACGAGCAUUGGACGCUAGCGACUGGCCUACUUAUAACUCCACUUUGGCCUCGGAUACCACGCGCUCGGAUUAUUCUUUGGCCAGUGAUUCUUCUGGAAUGGCUGUCUUGUCUGGCGGUAAUGAUGACGAUGUGCUAAGCAUCUUUGACGGCACAACAAACAGCUGGCAAAAUGCCACGGCACUGCUGGUUGGAGCUUCGGUUCACUCUGAAUCCGAACCUCAGUCUAGUUCAUCAUCCGCCUCGUCGACAGCCACGGCCUCUUCGACUGCAGUUGCAGCGGCAACGCAGAGCGCAACAACCGAAGCUGCAGCUUCUUCGUCGAGCAAUCUGCCACCUACAUCGAUUCUCGGGAUUGCCCUUGGCGUUAUUUUCGGAUGUGCAAUUGUACUGAUUGCAUUGCUUUUCCUCAUGAAGCGGAAACGACAAAAGCAGGCCCACGCGGACGGCGGCCAAGAUAAUGGUGCCAAUGUCAUGCCCGAAAAACAAGACUACUUCGCUCAAGACAUUCCGCAAUCCAAGUUUGUCCCUGGACAUGCUCAGCAGGAUUCGCAGUCGUCGUUUUCCUCCAUGGCCAUUUUGAUGGGCAGAGCACAGAAACCAGGUCUCGCUCGCAAGGGAAGCAAAGACUCGACCCGAAGUGACGCAAGCAGCAUCUUGAACAGGCAGUUCAAGGCUACAAUUAGCCGACCAUCACCAAUUCCCGAGCCUGAAUUCGAUGAUUCAGACUCCUUACCGACGAGGAAUGGCAAGUCUGGUGCAGUCGGCGUUGCUGAAACCCAAGUGAGGCCCAGAGCACCCCCGAUCGCGACCAAGGACGAUGGCACGAGAAGAAGUUCCGGCUGGAACCGCUACUGGUCCGGUGGCACCACCCUAAACAUGCUGGGCUUUGGAAAUGGGUCAUCUCGCAGGGAAACACAAGCCUCUGAAGGCUCCCGUUACUCGGAUAUGCACCGCAUGACACAGGACUCGGCAACUGUUCCUCCACUGCAUGUUGAAGAAGGAAGACCGUCCUUUAGCCAGGUGCAUACAGAAAGCCCAACAGUAUCUCACUACUCGGAUCACCUCAAGAAUAUGCAGACGGCCUCGCUAGAGCGCCCAGUUUCCGAAGUCUCCUCUUCCGGAUACUCGAGCGGAAUCCCUCCUAGUAUUCACGAGCAGUGGGAUCCUGCCACAAUCAACAACAAAAGCUGGGGUCACGAUAGAGCACCAAGCAGCGCUUAUAGCCAGAGCAUCUUUCCCUCGGGCCCUCGCACUUCGGCUGGCAUCAACCAGGCCCCAAGUGGUGUUUCUCGUCAGCCUCAACUGACCAUGGCCCACACAUCGGACAUGAGUUGGUUGAAUCUGGGAGAAAACGCUCGUCACUCGCAGUCGCAAUGA